AUGAUUGAUGCUACCACUGGUUAUGAGGCGAUGUCUUUCAUGGACGGUUCAUCCAGCUAUAACCAAAUUGGCAUGGCGCCAAAAGAUGAAGAGCUUACUGCAGUUCGUACACCCAAGGGUAUUUAUUGUUACAAACUGAUGCCUUUCGGUUUGAAAAAUGCUGGUGCCACAUAUCAAAGGGCUAUGCAGAAUAUCUUUGAUGAUUUGCUCCACAAAAAUGUUGAACGCUAUGUGAAUGACUUGGUGGUAAAAUCAAGAAAGAGGAGCGACCACUUGCAAGAAUGGAAGGUGCCAACCAUUCAGUCGUCUCAUGAAGAAGGGCGCCCUUUCAAGUGGGACGAAGCAUGUACUAAUGCCUUCGAGAAUAUCAAGUCAUAUUUAAUGAAGCCUCCAGUUCUAGUAGCCCCUGUACCUGGAAAACCAUUGAUAUUAUACAUUUCAGCACAAGAAAGGUCGGUUGGAGCGUUGUUGGCCCAAGAGAAUAGUGAAGGGAAAGAAAAUUCUCUUUACUACUUGAGCAGAAUGAUGACACCAAAUGAGCUGAAUUACACGCCAAUUGAAAAGUUGUGUUUGGCGCUAGUCUUCUCGAUUCAAAAGUUGAAGCACUACUUUCAAGCUCAUAGUGUUAACCUUAUUUCCAGAGCAAAUCCCAUCAAGUUUGUGAUGUCAAAACCAGUCCUCAGUGAUCGACUAGCAAGGUGGUACCUCCAGUUUCAACAAUUUGAGAUUACAUACAUCCCUCAAAAGGCUGUAAAAGGACAGGCAUUGGCGGACUUCUUAGCGGAUCACCCGAUACCUGAUGAUUGGGAGCUAACUGAUGAACUUCCCGACGAAGAUGCAAUGGUCGUUGAAAUUCAACCUCCGUGGAAAAUGUACUUUGAUGGUGCUGCACAACGUGAUGGAGCUGGUGCUGGUGUGGUGUUUGUUACUCUGCAAGGAGAAGUUCUACCAUACUCCUUUACUUUGACACAACGUUGCUCCAACAAUGUCGCUGAAUAUCAAGCACUAAUACUUGGACUUGAAAUGGCCGUCGACAUGAAGCAGUUGCAGUUGCAAGUCUUUGGUGACUCUCAGUUGGUGAUCAAUCAACUCUUGGGAAGCUACGAAGUCAAGAAGCCCGAAUUACUCCCCUAUCAUGGUUAUGCUCAGAAGUUGAUAGGAUGGCUUGGUGAUGUGACUCUUCAAAGAUUACCUCCGCCAAAUGAGGAUGAAGGCGCGGAAAAUGAGCUUGAGCAUCUCGUAGCUGUUUCUGAAGCUGCAAAGGAAGACUGGCGACAACCCAUCAUUGACUACUUGAGUUAUGGGAUACUGCCAGAAGACUCAAGAAGAAGAACUGAGAUUCGUCGUCGUGCACCUCGAUUCCUUUACUACAAGGAUACUUUAUAUAGAAGAUCUUUUGAGGGGGUACUCUUGCGAUGUUUGGGGGAGGAUGAAGCAGUCCAAGCUUUGCAAGAAGCACAUUCAGGACCGCCCGAAGCAUUACACCCGACCAUCGCAUCUUGGCCAUUUGACGCUUGGGGGUUGGAUGUCGUUGGUCCGUUGCCGAAAUCUUCUGGUGGACACUUGUACAUCUUGGCUGCAACCGAUUACUUCUCAAAAUGGGCUAAAGUUGUCGCUCUUAAAGAAGUGAAGAAGGAGAAUGUUGCGAACUUCAUCCGAGUAAAUAUCAUCUACCGCUUCGGCAUUCCUCGUUACAUAAUAACGGACAAUGGCAAGCCAUUUGAUAACAAAUUGAUGAACAAGAUUUGUGAUCUCUUCGGCUUCAAGCAGCGUAAAUCUUCUAUGUAUCAUGCUGCCGCCAACGGUCUAGCUGAAGCGUUCAAUAAGACUUUGUGUAACUUGUUGAAGAAGGUUGUCUCCAAGUCCAAACGAGAUUGGCAUGAACGAAUGGAAGAAGCUUUGUGGGCAUAUAGGACGACUUACCGCACACCAACGCAAGCAACCCCAUACUCGCUUGCUUAUGGAGUUGAAGCAGUCCUACCACUUGAGCGCCAAAUACCUUCUUUACGACUUGCUAUUCAAGAAGGGCUCACCGAAGAGGAAAAUGCUCGAUUGCGUCUUGCAGAGUUAGAAGCACUUGAUGAGAAAAGGUUGGAGGCUCAACAAAAUCUUGAAUGUUAUCAAGCCCGUCUAUCUCGUGCCUUCAACAAAAAGGUUCGCUUGAGGUCCUUCCAAGUGGGAGAUCAAGUCCUUGCAGUAAGAAGACCCAUCAUCGUUUCCCAUAAGUCUGGGGGCAAAUUCACCUCAAAAUGGGAUGGACCAUAUGUCGUACAAGAAGCAUAUUCAAGUGGCGCUUACAAGCUUGUUGAUGCGGAUGGCAUGAGGAUCGGUCCUAUCAACGCAAAGUUCUUGAAGAAGUACUAUCCUUGA